CGAGCGUGCGUGUGAUGUGUUUGUGUAUCCUCAGUGUUUUUCUCUCUUGCGUGUUUCAUUGAGUGUAAACAGAGUCUUGUCUCGGUGUAUUUAAGUGUUGAGACGUUGAUGAUGUGCUGUGCUGUAAAUGAGUAUGAACUGAUCUGUCCAUGCUGGAUAUAUUGAUGAUUUCAUCACAGAAAUCUCUCAGCUGAAGAAAGAGGUGGCGUUACUGGAGACAAAGCUGAGGUCAAGAAGAGAUUUAGCAAUGAAUCGAGAGGAUGUGGAUUGUUGUGAAUCUUCAGUGUAUGUGACUGAUGAUGGGAGUCUGGAUUCAGUGUGGAUGAGCAGAGAUCAGAGCCGCACACCACAGCCACUGCUGGACUCUAAACUCUCUGAAGAGAAAUCCAGACACACACAGGACUCCGAUCUCAGUCUGACUUUACUCUGUUAUACUGAGUCAAAGCCCACAGACACUCAGGACACUACAGUGUGUGACAGUAAACAGAGCUUACAGGAGGAUCAAACAUCCACAGAGUCUCUGGAUUCUGUCUGUAACGCUGGAGAACAGCAGCAGAUCCUGCAGACCAAACUGAAGAUGUGUUCAGUUAAACUCAUCAACUGCACGAACCUCAUGAUGAAGAUUAAAACUGAACCCACAGAAAUCAAAACUGAACCCACAGAAAUCAAAACUGAACCCACAGAAAUCAAAACUGAACCCACAGAAAUCAAAACUGAACCCACAGAAGAUCGCACUGAUGAAGAUGAUGAUUUUAUUCCAUCAGAUGUGAAGAGCGAUUCAUGUUUGGAUAUAGAAAUAACUUCCUCAACAUCAAAAGAGCGGCUGACAGCACAAACUCUUUCCUGCAUCACCUGUGGAAAGACAUUCAGCUCACAGAGACAUUUAGAGAGACAUGAGAGAAAACACACAGAACAGAAACUCUUCACCAGAUCUGAGAUCAGCUUUACUACCUUACAAGAGAAGAAACUUCAUUCAGAAGACUACAGAGAGAAGAAGAAGAAGCAGUUUCACUGUGAGCAGUGUGGGAGGAUUUUUGUCUGUUCCUCCAAUCUAAAUGUUCACAUGAGGAUACACAGUGGUGAAAAGCCUUUCAACUGCACUGAAUGUGGAAAAUGCUUCAGAACCAAACAAAAUCUUGAUAUUCAUCAGAGAAUUCACACAGGAGAAAAACCUUACGAGUGUCCUCACUGUGGGAAGAGUUUUAAUGUAAAUGCUGCCUUACUAAGGCACCAGAGACUUCAUACAGGUGAAAAACCUUUCAAAUGCUCUCAGUGUGACAAGACGUUUGCUCAGUCAGGUCACUUGAAAGCCCAUCAGAGACUUCAUACAGUUUCCAGUAAUCUCCAGUCGUCUUCCAGCCACUACGAUUUGUUCUGUCCCACACAGCCACGCCAGCUUUCAGCCUGAGAGGAUAACAGCACAACAAGCGCACCAAAACUCGAACCUUUUUCGGGGUGCUCCUUUAAAUAGUCCACAGCAUGCCUUUCUUUCGCCUCCUGUGGCUCUGUCCUCUUUCCGCUCGCUUCCCAGCGAUACCCAGAUCAACAGAGCCUUCGGGCUCUUCAAAGGGUGCAUGUCUUCAAUCUGCCCUUGGCAAAAAGGAGCUUUCCCCGUGUCAAUCGCUGCUUCUUUGUGUUCCUGCAGAGCUAUUCAUGUGUCUCAUCCUCACACAGCCUCCAAUCAUAAUUUGCUUACUUAAUUUGUUGCACCUGUGGCUCGUAAGGUCCCGAUAGACCUUUCUCACAACUUCCGUAUUUAUGACCGGAACUACGCAAUCGUCGCGGAAAUCUACUUCCUCUGCAGUCAAGGCAAUGUAAAAAGCCGUAUCUGUUCCAUCAAUUCCCUGUUGAUGGUGAAGGUAUACAGAAGUGGAUUCAGGCUAUUCGGCGAGACUUAUAAUGUAUCGUUUUAGUUAACAGUUCAGUAACAGUUAUACUCGCUCUCUACUUACCUAGAAAUUUAUUGACAAAUUCUUCAUGGAAAAAGUUUUCCUCCAUUAGUCGUGUCACAUUAGCAAAUGUAAUAUUUGGCAAAUCCGUUAACGAAGUUUUGUAGACUCUUUGAUCCAUUUUAAACUUGCCCGGGUUUAUGUUUUUCUAGUGUGUUGACGCUUGACAGGAACUCCGCUUACACGACGAUUACGUAUUUCCGGUUACUGUGAGAAAGGUCUAUUGUGUUGCCCUGGAAACCAGGAGGUACUGGUGUGUCGUUAAAUGCGGCCUGGGCGGAAACCCCAUCUUCAGGCGGAACCAAUCUCUGUCACUUUUUGUUCCGCCCUCCAAUAGUCACCCUGUGACAUCACUGUACAAAGAUAAGAUACAAAUAUGUACAAGGAUAACUGCCACUCUGUUAAGUUAUUAAAUGUCAGGUAAAUAGAAGAACAUAAUAACACAACAAUAUUAACUAGAUUCAAUCCUUAACCUGACUCGAAAUUAGUGUACAAGCAAUUACAUAUCACCUUGCCAACACUGCAACAACACUUUUAUGGCGCUUUUCCAUUGCAUAGUACCCCACGGUUUAGUUUAGUCUGGGUCGGGUCAGCUCACCUCACUUUGGCUUGGUUAGCUUUUCCAUCGAGUUUAGUAUCACUUUGGAGUGGGAGGGAUUAUAGGCGUGUUGUUAUAUUUACGCUGCCUACUGCUGUGACAUCAUACAAGUGAGAGGGUUAUUGUACAUUCCCACACAUUAAAUUAUUUCUCAGUCUGCCACAAAAUUAAAAUUGGCCACCACAAAUAGAUGUUUGCACAUCGCCUAAAUAACUACCUCUGUCUCACAUGACAGUUUCUGUUCAAACACCCGACCCGUGGCGUCAGUCGACGGCGCUCCGCUGAGCCUCAUUCAAGUUGCAUUUAAGCAUAUAUAAUGCGGACGUGCACGUCGCGAAUGUGCCGCCACAAACUGCAAGUCUGGAAAAAACUGUUAUGGUGUCCCAGAUUCUCAACCUGUGGAUGUUUUUCAUCGCUAAAAGGGUGUUUGGAAACUUAUAGCGAACACAGAUAACAACAUGUUUGCUUGAGACAGCGCAAGCUAGCAGUAAGCUAAAGCUAAUAUUUACAUUAUAGCGAUGACGCUUCUCUCAGACCAAUCAGUGACCUACAGUGUUUUCGCGUCACGUUUGGUAUCAGCUCGGGUCACUUGGAACCCCAACCGAGGUGGUACGAAAAAAAGUAUCGGGUACUACGUACUGCACCCAAUGGAAAAGCUCCCAAAAGUAAGGUUACC